AUGGCAGCCAAAGAUGGAGCUAAGAGCCAAGAAGAUUAUAACCUUAAAGACAUGAAACCAGACCUUGGAGAGAAAUGGCCACAUGGAGGACAACGUGGAGGAAGUGGAUGGAUCAGCAGCGAAAGAGUUGCAAGCACAUACGACCUUGUUGAGCAAAUGUUUUAUCUCUAUGUCCGUGUCGUCAAAGCCAAGGAUCUUCCUCCAAACCCGGUCACUAGCAACUGCGACCCUUACGUGGAAGUGAAAAUAGGAAACUACAAAGGGAAGACUAAGCAUUUCGAAAAAAGAACAAACCCGGAGUGGAAUCAAGUUUUCGCCUUCUCGAAAGACAAGAUCCAGUCCUCUACAGUGGAAGUCUUUGUGCGCGAUAAGGAGAUGGUCACGAGAGAUGAGUAUAUAGGGAAGGUUGUGUUUGAUAUGCAUGAGAUUCCUACAAGAGUUCCUCCUGAUAGUCCACUUGCACCUCAAUGGUACAGAUUAGAAGCUCGACGUGGCGAAGCUAAGAAGAGAGGAGAGGUUAUGGUAGCGGUUUGGCUUGGGACGCAAGCCGAUGAAGCGUUUCCUGAUGCUUGGCACUCAGAUGCUUCCUCGGUACAAGGAGAAGGUGUUCAAAGCGUGAGGUCUAAAGUCUAUGUAUCUCCCAAACUAUGGUAUUUGCGGGUUAAUGUGAUCGAGGCGCAAGAUGUUGAGUCUAGCGAUAGGAGUCAACCUCCUCAAGCUUUCGUUAAGGUUCAAGUUGGGAAUCAGAUUCUGAAAACAAAGUUGUGCCCUAACAAGACAACAAGCCCGAUGUGGAACGAAGAUCUUGUUUUCGUAGCUGCGGAGCCAUUUGAAGAACAGUUCUUCUUGACAGUCGAAAACAAGGUGUCAGCAGCUAAAGAUGAAGUCUUGGGGAGGCUGAUCUCACCUUUGACUGUGUUUGAGAAAAGAUUGGAUCACAGAGCUGUUCAUUCCAAAUGGUACAACCUAGAGAAAUUUGGGUUUGGGGCAUUGGAAGGAGACAAGAGACACGAGCUCAAGUUCUCGAGCCGCAUUCACUUGAGAGUUUGCCUUGAAGGAGGCUACCAUGUAAUGGACGAAUCAACUCUUUACAUAAGUGACGUGAAGCCUACGGCAAGGCAGCUCUGGAAGCAACCUAUUGGAAUUCUUGAAGUAGGAAUCUUGAGUGCUCAAGGACUUUCACCGAUGAAAACAAAAGACGGUAAAGCGACAACAGAUGCGUAUUGUGUUGCCAAGUACGGACAAAAAUGGGUGAGAACAAGAACCAUCAUCGAGAGCUCUAGCCCUAAAUGGAAUGAGCAAUACACAUGGGAAGUGUAUGAUCCUUGUACGGUCAUUACACUUGGAGUUUUCGAUAACUGUCACCUUGGUGGGAGCGAGAAAUCAAACAAUGGAUCCAAAGUUGAUGCAAGAAUCGGGAAAGUAAGGAUCCGGUUAUCGACUCUAGAGGCUGAUAGAAUCUACACUCACUCUUACCCUCUUCUUGUUCUGCAAACAAAAGGGUUAAAGAAAAUGGGAGAAGUACAAUUAGCUGUGAGAUUCACUUGUCUAUCUCUGGCUCACAUGAUCUAUCUUUAUGGCCAUCCUCUGCUUCCAAAGAUGCAUUAUCUUCAUCCAUUUACUGUGAACCAACUAGACAGUCUUAGAUACCAAGCGAUGAGCAUUGUCGCGGCGAGGUUAUCCAGAGCAGAGCCUCCUUUGAGGAAAGAGAUUGUAGAGUACAUGCUUGAUGUUGACUCGCACAUGUGGAGCAUGAGGAGGAGCAAGGCUAACUUCUUCAGGAUAGUCUCUGUGUUUUCAGGCUUGAUUGCUAUGAGCAAAUGGCUCGGAGACGUCUGCUACUGGAAGAAUCCAUUGACAACGAUCCUGUUCCACAUUCUCUUCUUCAUACUGAUUUGUUACCCGGAGCUGAUACUCCCAACAGCGUUCCUCUACAUGUUCUUGAUAGGGCUCUGGAAUUUCAGGUUCAGGCCGCGUCAUCCUCCUCACAUGGACACAAAGAUCUCUUGGGCUGAAGCGGCUAGCCCCGACGAGCUAGAUGAGGAGUUCGACACUUUCCCUACGUCAAAAGGACAAGAUGUUGUGAAGAUGAGGUAUGAUAGGUUGAGAAGCGUUGCCGGUCGGAUCCAGAUGGUUGUUGGAGACAUUGCAACGCAAGGGGAGAGGUUUCAAGCACUGUUGAGUUGGAGAGAUCCGCGUGCGACUUGCUUGUUUGUGAUUCUUUGUCUUGCUGCAGCGAUGAUACUGUACGUGACGCCUUUCAAGAUCGUAGCUCUUGUGGGUGGGAUGUUCUGGAUGAGGCAUCCAAAGUUCAGAAGCAAGAUGCCUUCUGCUCCAAGUAACUUCUUUAGGAAGUUGCCUUCGAAAGCAGAUAUCAUGCUUUGA